AUGGCAAAGAGAGUGAUGAAGCCGUGCGAUGUGUUCCUAAACCACAGAAGCACAGACACUAAGAAGACAGUGUCCACUCUGCUGUACGACCACCUAAGUAGGGUUGGCUUCAAUCCUUUUCUAGACACCAAGACCAUGAAACCAGGAGACAAGCUGUUUGAGAAAAUUAAUGGUGCAAUUCUGGAGUGUAAGGUCGGUGUUGCUAUCUUCUCUCCCCGUUACUGUGAGUCCAAGUUUUGCCUUCACGAGCUCGCCCUCCUCAUGGAGUGUCGCAAGAAAGUGAUCCCUAUCUUCUGCGACGUCAAGCCCUCUCAGCUCAAAGUUCCCAACGACGGCAAGUUAUCCGGUGAGGAGCUCCGGCGGUUCAGGUGGGCUCUUAAUGAGGCCAAGUACAUCGUCGGACUCAAUUACAACUCCUCUAAAGGGAGCUUGUCAGAUAUCGUGAGUGGUGCUUCUGAAAUCAUCAUCAACAGUAUGAUCGAGGUUGAGAAUGAAGAGCAGAUGAUAAUGGAGGCGAACCAAAACUUGCCCAUUGCUCUUUGA